GAGGGGCGCGAAAAUGAGCGGAGCAUUAUCAUCCUUCUCAGAUUCGCACCGCACAGCCUACAAACAUCCACCAGCUCGGUUGCCUGCAGCGGCCGGCGGAGACUGUCGGCGACUUCCUCCGACGGCAGUCCCGCCUGGGCAUUCCAGAUUUUUUGGAGGGACAGCAGAGCAGCAAUUUUUUUACGUGCAUCGUAUAUGUGAUUUAUUCAUUUUGCUUCGUUUUUCUUGAAAAAAAAGGCGGCAAAGGUCUCUGUUCUUCUUCUGUUUGAAGACAGGGCUUCAUAGCAUUCUGGCUUCUCAAGGAUGACACCGGAACCAUCAGACGAGUUUGGAAAGCAUGAAAACGCAGGUAGUGACCUGAGGGAGAAAAGUGAAUAUGUUGGGUUGGCCAAAUGUGAUGAUCCAAAGGCCACUGAAGCUGAAAUGUUGCAGCAUCAAGAACAACCAACAAUUAGAACUUUCUGGUGGUGGUUGAUAGUGUUACUAUGGUGCUUUGUAAUCAUUAUACUUGUUUUCGUUCUAGUCAAGUGGGGCGUGCCAUUUUUUUCUGAGAAAGUUCUUUAUCCAUUCAUGAACUGGCAAGUUACUGCCUUUAGUAGUCCAGUUCUUGCCAUUGAACUGGUUGCUUCUCUAGCUUUAUUCCCGUUAUUCCUAAUCCCUUCAGGCCCUUCUAUGUGGUUGGCUGGGAUGAGUUUUGAUUAUGGCAUUGGCUUUGUUAUAAUAAUGGGUGGAACAACCAUUGGCAUGAUCCUCACUUACCUAACUGGUCUACUGUAUCGUGAACUGACUCAUCAAUGGUUAAAGAGGUGGCCUCGGAUUGCAGCAAUGAUUAGGCUUGCCACUGAAGGAAGCUGGUCCCAGCAGUGCCUAAUGGUUGCUUUGGUCAGGAUUUCUCCUUUUCCCUAUACCAUAUUCAAUUAUGCAGUAUCAUUGACAAACAUAAGGUUUUGGCCCUAUUUGUGUGGAUCAAUAGCCGGAAUGAUACCAGACGGUUUCAACUACAUAUGCAGUGGGCGAUUAAUGAGGACCUUGGCAGAUGCACAGUAUAGCAAGGAUCAUAAAAUCACAGGAGCAAUAGUAUACAACAUUGUUACUUGCGUAGUUGCAAUAGUUAUAACUGUUUUUUUUGCUGUUUAUGUAAGAAGAAUUCUAAAUAAAGUGAGAGAGGAAAAGAUCAGUGGGAAGGCAGAGGCAGAGGCUGUUUCUGCUUCAGGGAAUGCUAGUUCUUUUAUGGAGAAGCUUUCUCUUGAGAAGCCUAAGCAGCUUUUACUUUCUCCUCUAACUCUCUUGAGCCAUGACACUCUGAGUAUGAAUAAAAAUACAUUUAAGAGUUUCGUUUAACAUUG